GGGGUGCGGUCACUCACAGACAUCGUUGGCGAAGGGAUCGUGAUUGCUCGCGAUGCAGGCGCCUGUCGCCGCGCUCUUGCGCCCGAAUGCCACAAGCCGACGAACAUGUUCUUGGGCCGCGCGCGUCUGAGGAGUCAGGAUUCAUCGGCGGUGUGACGACUGACGACGGACUUGACGACGGACCAAGAUGAAGCACGGGUCUUGUCCGCCAUUCAAGCUUGUUCUCUUUAGGGUGCGCGCGGUGGUUCAGAGAUGCGCACAUGUAUGUAUCGAUAUCGCUUGUCGACGUGGAAUCACAAUGCCGUCCAGCAGGCGCUGCCGCAUAAUACACUUACUCACACUCGUGACUCUCGACUCGCGACUCACCACUCACCACUCACGACGUUAAACGUUCCGAUCCCGAUCGAGCGCCGAGGAGACCCAAGCGCCCGCAAUCAUUCAGACACCGCGUUAGUAAUCUUCUCGAUUAAGUUCUUCGCUCGAUCGCUUCUUCGCAGACUUGGGCGCCCGGUCGAUGGCUUUGGCGGACUUGCAAGAGGGCAAUUAAGCGUGCAUGAUGCCGAGACGACGGGAGUGCGCGACGUGGAAUGUGCCUGCGCGAGCGCCUCUUUGUGUGCAGUAGUAGUAGUAGUAAGAGCUACCGUAACGGGAUCCGGCUGGCCGAGCACAUGAACCGUGAAUCACAUGAAUGGUACUGGUACACAAACACACUCGAUCGUGAUUGCGGCCGCCGUCGGACGAAUGCU